UGUCUCAGACUGGCUUUUGCUUCUCACGUGCAGGGGCAUGCGCCAUAUAUGCAAAGAAGAAGAAGAACAGGUUUAAAACCGUGGGUUGGGUUCCUGAGCCAAGGCACGGAGUUGUAUAUUUGUUUAAAUUAAAGAUAAUAACAAAGUGGUGUAAAACACCGACAAUUGUUCAAAAAUAUUCACAACGUAACUACGCACGUUCAACCGAUACGGCUGGAUACAAUCCAACGUAUAGAUUAACAAAGUAGGUUUACAGAGCCAUAAUUGCAAAGAAGAACGAUGUCUACUAUUGUUGAAUUAAGUCAAUCAAGUGACACUUGGAAGUUACAUCGUGUUCUUGGCACUGGAGGUUUUGGAGUUGUUGAACUUUGGGUACACAUCCAAAGUGACAAAAAACUCGCAAUAAAAAAAUGUAGGUGGGAUUUUUCUGCAUUAACGUCGGUACAGCAAAAAAGAUGGUCCAAUGAGAUUGAUAUAAUGAAACGUCUAAAGCAUCCAAACAUUGUAAAAACGGAACUUUUACCGUUUGAGCUUUCAAGUGUGGAAAAAGAUUUGCCAAUUCUUUGUAUGGAAUAUUGUAAAAAAGGGAAUCUGAGAAAAAUCUUAAAUCAACCAGAAAAUUGUUGCGGUAUUGAUGAACCAGAAGCAAUCAAGAUCAUGACUGAAAUUUCAUCAGCUGUAGAAUAUUUGCAUUCUUACAAUAUAACUCAUCGAGAUUUAAAGCCAGAAAAUAUAGUUUUACAAGAAGAGAAUAAUGUGAUAUCAUACAAGUUAAUAGACCUUGGUUAUGCCAAAGAACUUGGAGAGGCGAGUACAUCUGCAUCAUUAGUUGGUACAUUAAAUUAUAUCGCUCCGGAACUUCUUUGGGGAGAGAAAUAUAGUUGUUCUGUUGAUUACUGGAGUUUAGGAAUAUUGUUUUACGAACUUAUAACUGGAACAAGACCAUUUUUGCCAACGAUGCAACAUACUAUGGAAUGGAUGAAAUAUAUUCGAAAUAAAAGCUACGACGAUAUUCGUGCUUAUAAAUCGGAAGGAAAAAUAAUUUUUCGAAAAGAUAUUCCAGAUCCAACUCAGUUAUCAAACUAUCUCCGAAAAAGUAUGGUUCAAUGGUUUAGAUUAGUUUUACAAUGGGAUUCACAUAAAAGAGGUAGAAUUUUCAACAAUUUGAUGGUAUUUACAAUGCUGCAACAGAUAAUAAUGAACAAAAUAUUGUACGUUUUCUGUGUACCAUUUUACAAAAUCUAUACGUACGAAAUCAAUAGUUCAACUACCAUUAAAGAUCUUCAAUUGUUGAUACAAGAAAGUACCACUAUCGAGGUUGAGCAUCAAAUAUUGACUGAUUACAACGGUACAGUAGUGAAUGAAAGUACAGUGACACUUGCAUCACAACCUAAUGAUCAUAUUUUAUUCCUCUUCAGAAACAAACAUCUGACAAAAGACAUACCUACUUUGCAUAUUUCUACAGAAGUGGAAAAAAUGAUAACACAAUCAAAAACCGAGUUAAAUUAUGAGGAAGUGAAAGAUUAUUAUCGUCAUACAAUAUAUUUUGUGAAAAAAGAAGUGACUUUAUUUCAGUUAUACAUAUUUGCUCUUAAUAUAAAUGUAGAUUUACUACAGAAAAAAAUAGAUAUGUUUAAUGCGAAUUUGGAGGAAAUGUUAAGAAAAACAAAGACUCUUACAGAUCGAGUAUACGCAAACACAGGUAUAAAAUAUAUGAAAAAAACAAACCUCGAAGAUACGACUUGUAAAACACAAAUGAGAAUGGACAAAAUUGAUAAAUUGAAUGGCGCAGUUAAUCAAGUAAAAAUGGAAUUUAUGUCUUUGAACAGAGAUAACGAUAAAUUGAGAUAUAACAUUCAAAGUUUCGAUUUUAUUAAAGAUUUGUCAGAAAUAUACAAUAAGAUGUGCGAUAUGUAUUCGGAAUUUCAGAAAGAAAGUUUUCAUAAAACAGCAAAAUCAGUAGAUAUGGUGAAAUUAAUAUUUGCAUUCUUGAGGUCACGCGAAAAACAACUUCGUAACAAAGCUAUAAUUAAUAUCACAAGUCAAAUAGACGAGCUGUACAACAGAUUGUCAAAGCUUGAAAAAGUACUCCAUUCAAUUAUCUUCAUGACAAAACUUUAUUCAAAAGAAUAUGAAUGUUAUUGGAAGGAACAUAUCGAAAGAAAGAUCACACUAUUGAAUGAUGACUCGCAAUUUAACAAUCAACAAGUUUUUAAUCUUCCUAGUACCAAUUUGGACAACGUUAUUCAAUUAGAAAACAAUGAAAUAUACGAUAAUUUAGUCAUACGUUACAAGUUGGGCAAUUUAGUGACUAAAAUGCAGAAGAAAUACAUCGAGUCAAAUGCAUUCAAUCGGUGAAAUCUGCUCACGUUAAUAUGCGCGCUGAACAUAAUGUCGUACACUCCAUUUUAUAUUAGCAUGUUUAUCAGUUUUCACAAAUGUAUAAACAGGCUUAUUCGAUAAUUGUUCCGAUUUUAUUGUACAACAUUUGUCAUUCUGACCUACAAAAAAUAUCUGUUUGUAAAUUUAGUUUUAUAAACACUCUUGGUUUUUUACUUUAAUGUCAAACAUUUAUAAUUGUAAUGUAAUUUUAAUGUAAAUAUUUUGAAAGAGAGAGGGAGAGAGAGAGAGAGAAAGAGAGAGAAUUGUGUAUUACAAGUGCACAAUAGAUUCUAUAUGUUUGUUAUGUGCUUUAAUAGAGUUGUAACAUUUCUAUAUACAAAAUUCCUGACACUUUUAUGACUUUUACUACACUUUUGUCAAAUUAUGUGGGCUAAUAUUUAUUUCCAUACAAAUUACUCACCGUUCUCAAAAGUAACACUUGUGAUAUUUAGAAAACAAUAAAGAAUAAGGAAGAUUCUUAAUAGCUGUAAAAUAUAUAAUAGACUCCAUGUAAAUAUAUAAUAUAUAAUCGAAAUCAAAUAAAAAAGAUAGAAAAUAAUGUACUUACACGAGCUACAUAAAAUAUGUUCAUCUUUCUUGGCGUUAAUAGAUAUUAGAAAUCCGUUUGGUUAUAGAGAUCUCGUUAGACUGUUCAGAGUAUCCAGUCAUCUCGAUAUUUUAAAUUUGUAUGUCUCACUUUAUGAUAGUGUAAAAGUAUCGUCUGUGUGUGUGUGUGUGUGUGUGUGUGUGUGCGAGCGCGCGCGCGCGUGUGCGUGUACACGCUUAGUGAUUCAAUGUACUUUCGCUCAACCUAGAUUUUUUUAUCACCUGUCACUUUAGAUGCAUGUUAAUAAAAAGAAAAUUACAUACACAUAUACAGAAUUGCUUCUAUAAAGCAUUAUAAGCU